CGGGUGUUGUUUGUCGCCUCACUAAACGAAUCGAUCAUAGCCAUUUUUGGAAGUAUAUUGCUUGAACUUUUGUAUUAAGUAAAAUAAAAUUGUAAGUAAAAUAAAGUAACGUUAUGUGAUACACAUAACUUGACGAUACUUGGACGUUUUGCAUCAUAUUUUUAUUAACUUUCAAGAAACAUACAGAAAACAUAAACAUACAUUAACCAAAAUCGGUCUUGAUCAAUUUAAUCUACAUAUUGUCUGGUUUCACACAAGGUAAAGCAUUAGAUUUUUUUUUUUUUCAAAAUAAGGGAUGUUUUAUACAUUUCUAAUUUUUAGUGAUUGCAUUCAAUAAGUCAUAAAAUAUGUUUUAAACCGAAUGACGGCUUAUAGACAUUAGCUUUUUAGGCUAAAUGAAACUUCACAAGGAGAAUUACUGUCGUUAGCGUGUAGGAGAAUAGAAUAAUUAGUUUCAGAAUGGUGCAAAGUUGCGAAAAAUAGCAUGUCGUGACUUGUCACAAUCACAAAGACACAAUCCCUGAGAUAGAAGGAAAUUGUUGGUAAACCCCAUCUUAAGUAAAUCUAGAGGGAACCUCUGGCGAAAUAUUUUGACAUCGUGACUGCACGCGCUGCCCUGAAGUGACAUCACAACAAUUGGUUUCGUUUCCUCACAAUAUAGGCUACAGCAGCUUGUCUCUCCUCCACAACAACGAUAACUCCUGCCUUGAUCGUUGGGUUACAAGGUCGCACUGCUUUUCAUCAUGAGUAACACCACCUCCUGCAUGGAACCUCAGACCCUUGUUUCUUCCAUUUUAAAGCCCAUUCUCAUUUUGGAGUUCAUCUUUGGGUUGCCUGGAAUUGUAUUUGCUCUGUGGAUUUUGUUCUUCAAGUCUCCAUGGAAAGCUUGCAAUGUGUAUCUCUUCUGCUUGGUAAUAUCUGACCUCCUACUCCUCACUGGGCUGCCUUUCCGCAUAGAUUAUCUCUUUCGUGGUGAAGACUGGAUAUUUGGUGAAUCCUUUUGCCGCCUCAUUAUGUAUAUUAUAUCUGUAAACUACUCAGCAAGCAUGGCUUUUAUGUCAAUUUUAGCCUUGGACCGCUUCUUCAGGAUACUUCACCCACACCAUCGCAUUUGUCGAAUGAGUGUGAGACAAGCAGUAGUGUUGGUUAGCACAGUUUGGGUGGGUGUUCUACUCCUUCGCCUUCCACCCGCCUUGAACCUCGUUCUCACAUCACAGAAAAACUCGUCAAAGCUCACAUGCCAUAGUUAUCUCUCAUGGACAUGGCCGUCGGUUCAAAUGAGGAUAUAUAAUUCAGUACAGCUGAUAGAGGUCCUGCUAGCCUUCACACUGGUGGUCUUCAGUUUUGUGCGUGUUUUCUCUCACGUCCACAGUCGCCAGUCUAAGGGGGCACACCGCAGGGUGAAGCGGGCAGUGAGAUUGCUUCUGUUUCUUGUGAUCAUGUUUGUUCUGUGUUUCCUACCUACAGUGACUUUUGGCAUCUUCCUUCAAGUGUUUCCCUGUUCUGAAUUCCUUAUAAUAUGUCUUCAUGCCUCUUCAGCUUUAUCCUACAUGAACUGUGCACUGGAUUCAGUCAUCUGCUGCCACAUUAACGCUUGGUUCCGGGACAUCCUGAAAGGCACAACCAACUUGAUGGGGCUGACGAAGUUCCAGAUGAGUGCGAAGACAAACAGAAAAUAACCUUAAUCUACCUGAGCAAGUGUUGUUUGAUACAAUCGUUGCAAUUGGGAGGAUGCAAAUAAAAUGAAAAUUUAUUUUCAAUUA